AUGCCCGGAUACGAUCCCGUCCGCGACGCCGGCGGGUCGGAUCGGUCCUCGCCUCCACCGCCUCACCAUCACUUCGGCAACGACUCUCGUCCGUCAUCCUCUGCAUCGGCCUACCCGCAUCACUCGCAUUCGCACUACGACGACACGUCGGCACCUCCGCGUAGUCUGUCUGGCAACAGCCUCGGCCGCUACGACGGAUGUGCUGACGACGAGACCCGAUUUCGUCGACCAAGCGUCCACGAUAUCAUCUCCGGCCCCGCCACGGUGUCUCCUCGCUCCUCGUUCACCCCGUAUCCUCCUUCCGCUGCCGACUAUGGACCGCCGCGUCAUGACCAGUACCACCAUCAAGCGCAUCAUGCCGAGUCACCACCGCAGCCUCCGCCUCGCCGUAGCGCUUCCAUCGCCGACCUCAUCGCUGUCAGCGAAAUGUCCGACGCCGAGCACGACAGGCAUCGCGAAGCACACAGAUGGCCCCAGCGUCACGCCGACGACACCUCGGCUGGUCAUGGUAUGAGUAGGUCCAGCAGCGCAUCCGGCGGCUUCCACGCCACUUCGACGCACGACCACCCAAGCUCGUCGCAUUCGCGCAUCUCCCCGCAUCACCCACGCCAGCCGGAUCGAUCCGAGCGCAGCCCAAGCAUGGCGCAUCUGCUCAACGACGGCACCGCCGGCGCACUUCACGAUAGGCCAAGGUCGAGCUCGCACUCUUCCAUAGCCUCUCACGUCUCGCAUCCCGCCCCGCCUCACGCAAGCCAGAUCUCGCCCCUGGGCCCGCCAUCUUCCCAUUAUCCAGCCUCCACCACGGGUCCGCAUGGCCGCGACAAGUCCCUUGGUAACCAGUCGCUUGCUAGCAGCGCCGGACCAUACCGAGGAGGCUCGCCAUCGAGUAUUUAUCCACCCGGUGCACACCCACAGAGCUUAUCCACUCUCAACCGAGGCGGCUCCAGUCCCGGGCUCGCAUCCUCGCAAUUCGGCCAUCCUGCCGAAAGAGCUCGUUUUGCAUCGCACUCGGGCUCCGUCGGCCAUGGCCACCUGCCGCGUUCGGCGUCCAACUCGUACGCUCACGCCAGCGCUUCAUCGAGUCCAGCCUCGAACGUACAUGCGCAUCUGCAGCCAUCGCCAUCGCAUCGUUUCGCCGUGCCCGAGCUCCCCUACUCUCGCUCGCCCGAGACCAGGCGCGUGCCCUUGCCCCAAUCGCCCACCGCCCUGCAUAACCCUCAUCCACGCACGUCUCUCGUGCCCGGGCCUGCGCAGGCAUGGCAUCCUGACGAUAACGAAGCCUCUCCUGCCGGCAUGCCUCCGCCCUUGAUGAGCGCAUCUCCACGACGAGGAAGCCUAGCAGGCCCAGGGCAUGCCAUCCACCGACAUCAGCCUCCCACACCCGGAAACGGUAUUCCUACCACGCCAGGAAGCGUUGCCUCCCUCGGCGGCUAUCCAAUCACGCCUGGCUCACGUUCCGUGCCUUCGCACACGCCAAACGCCCCCUAUCCGCGCCACUCGGUCGAGAUGCAAGCGGAGAGCAACUACUUCCCCAUGGUCGACCCACGAGCAUCAUCGCUCCAUCAUGCAUCGCCAGGUGAGGCCACGGCCAGCCUCACGAGUCCCCAUCUGCGUCAGCACGAACAUGCGACACAAUCCGCGCGUAUGGACGAGGUGCACCAUCGCAAUUCCCACCACGAAGCUUCGUAUGCCGCUGGACGGACGCCGCUUGCGGCUGAGCGACUAGCUGGGAGCGACCGGUCAAGUGCGUACCCAUCAGCACAUCCUGCACCGAUUUACGACGCUGCUAUGCAUUCGAACGACGAUGCUGCCACACAUCCGCAUUCGCGCAGGCAGAGCAUCGCAGAGGACAGGGAGCGCUCGUUGUCGAAUGGGCGCCACCAUAGGGAGCCGGAGCCUACGUAUGACCAUAGGGAGCCGGAGCACAGGUACGACAGCAACGGGCGCACGCCCACUUCAACGGUUCCGGGCCACGAUGACCUACACGACGCCAAAGCGGCUAUCGGUAACAGUCAUGCAACCUCGCAUCCUAGCACAGUCUCUUCUUCGAAGAAAGUGGAUCACGAGCAGUCAGAGGAAGCUGACUGGAAGGUAGAAAGUCGUGACGCUAACGGUCCCUCGUCAGCUCGGCCAUCUUCUCGCCAUGACAUGGCAUCAGAGAAUGAAGAAUCGAGGCUGGCUAAGGGUCAAGACCAUUCUGCGCCGUCCGAGCUUCGUGACGAUGCCUCGGAGAAGCCUGCAUCGGCGCGUGCUCCAGAGGGCCAAGAGACCGUCGACAGCGAGACAGACCUGCACGCUGCCAUCGAACCUUUCCCUCGAUAUGCACCAACACGGCGAGUCUCGCAGCCGAGGCAGGUCAUGAGGCCGAUCGGCAUCGAAGAGAUUGAUCGCAAGCGCGCGCAAUGUCGAAACCCUCUACGUCGCGAGUGGGAACGACAGCAGCAGACAGACAGUCGAGAACCGCUGGACGGGAUCUUGCGCGACUUUAUGUCCAAACUCGAGCGUUCGUCGGGCAAGGGGGGCGAUUCAGCCAGUCGAGACCGCCCCGCGGUGGAAGCCAAGAAGCGGGCCAUCGGAGAGACCCUCGAGGAUGCCGAAGAGGUGGCGGACCACUAUAACAAGCGAAGGGAGGUGGGAAUCCACGGUCGCGAGGAGUCGCCCAUCAUCGCUCUGCGCAAGUUCAACAACUGGGUCAAGUCGGUGCUCGUCGGGACCUUUGCGCGCGGACGCGAUCCUCAUCUGGACGGCCGCGCCCGAGCACGCGGAGGACGCGUGUUGGACCUCGGAUGCGGCAAGGGAGGCGACCUCAAAAAGUGGGAGAAGGUGCGCCCGAGUGGUCUGGUGGGUGCCGACAUCGCCGCCGUGUCGAUCGAGCAGGCCAUCGCGCGCCACCAGGAGAGCAACCGAGGAUUCCCCGGCGACUUCUUUGCAUUCGACUGCUUUUCCAAGUCGCUCGCCGACGUCAUCCCGCUCGAGCUGCUGGAGCCCAUGUUUGACAAUGUGACGCUGCAGUUCUGCAUGCACUACGCAUGGGAGAGCGUAGACAAGGCGCGGAUCAUGCUGGACAACGUUGCACGCUACCUGCGAAAGGGGGGCACGUUCAUCGGCACCAUCCCCGACAGCCGCGAGCUGCGCGACCGCAUGGCGGCCAGCAGACAUCCGGAGGAUCGCUCGUUUGGCAACCGAUACUACAAGGUCAUGUUCGAUCAGACGGAAUCGUGGCCAGCAUUUGGCAACCGAUACACGUUCUUCCUCGAGGAUGCGGUGGAGAACGUGCCCGAAUACGUGGUGGACUUUGACGUGUUUGAAGAGCUGGCGUACGAAGCGGGACUGCGAUGCAUCUACCGCAAAAACUUCGCCGAGAUCUAUCACGAAGGGUCGCGACAGGGCGAGUAUGGCAAGCUGCUGCAAAGGAUGGGCGUCGUGGACGACUACGGCACGUUGAACGUCAACGAAGACAUGUGGCAAGCAGCGACCCUGUACCUUGGGUUCGCGUUCGAGAAGAUGUAG